AUGUUUAUAUCUGAAGGUUAUGCAGGUAGAAGCAGUGACAAGUACAUCACCAUGAAUAGUGGGUUUUUGGAGGCCCUGAGGCCAGGUGAUGAGGUGAUGGCUGACCGGGGUUUCACUAUUCGAGACCUGCUGCAUGAGAGGAGGGUAAAUGAACACUUUUUACAAGGACAGAAGAGUGAUGAUCCCCUGUCACCUGAUUAUGUACCUUCAGUAUUUGCACAUACAAAGUCCCCUGCAAGGAGACGUGCUGUGCAAAGCCUUGAGAAGUUCAAGGUGAGACAGAACUUGAAGAAGAAGAAACUCCUGCUGUCUUCAAGAAGCGAGGCGGCUAUGGCACUCCCGGACUUCUCAUCAGAGAUGAGCGAGAUGACCACUCAGCUCACUGAGAAUGACAUGCCUGAAGGCAGCAUCGGGUAA